CAAAAUAAAACCCUAAAAACCGAAAGAAAUGUCGGAAGAGGGGGCUCAUUUUCUGGUUUCCGACGAAAACAAAAAAAAAAAAGCUUCAAGAUCCUUCUCGCCUCUCCAUUGACGGAACCAGAGGGAGUCUUCAUCUUUUUCGAGGUUUUCAGCAAUCGCACACCUUUCUCAGGAGCUCCAUUACAUCAUCGUCUCUCUUUCCGAUCACCCUCUUCGGUCUGUUCACGUCAUCUCCAUCGGCACCUAACACUCGCCAUUUCCAGCAGACGUGAAUAUCAGUAGCCACGUCAUCUCCUCUUUCGGCUUCUCCCCUGCCUGUCACAGAUUCCUACUUACCAACCACCGGGGUGAUUCCUCCACUGCAGGGAUUGUUGGCACACUUCUCCGACUGUUUCUCACUCUCGUUCUUCUACUUCUAGAGACCCUUUGCAUGUGUGCGGCAUCUGUACACCCUGGGUUCUGGGGCAUUGCACCAAGUUUAUUGAAUCAGAAUUGAUUUCCUCUCCUCUACAAUGGAUGGUGAAUUGUCUGUGGAUUUCAAUGCAUUAGAGGAUCUUAUUCAGCCAUUGUUGAUUGCUGCAAAUUCAUCUACUCUGGAAGAAGCCCUAGAAUCACUUAUUGAAGUUUCCAGAACUUCUGUUGGCUGUGCAGACCUCCCUUCUAGAAAGAUAAUCCCUACAGUUCUUAAACUUGCUGAAUCUUCUCAUAAUCCUUCAGGCCAUCACCAUCUCUCACUCUGUCUAAAGCUCCUCCGGAACCUGUGUGCGGGAGAAAUUUCCAAUCAGGAUGCAUUUAUCAAAUAUAAUGGAGUUAGGAUUCUUUCCACUGUUUUGAGGUCUCUGGCAUCUGUUUCUGAUCCAGAUUAUGGGGUUAUUCGUGCUGGUUUGCAAGUUCUAGCAAACGUUUCACUGGCCGGAGAAGAACACCAGCUGGUGAUAUGGAAUAAGUUCUUCCCAGAUGAAUUUGUUGUUCUAGCAAGAGUGCAGAGUAGGAAGACUGUUGAUCCUCUGUGCAUGGUUAUUUAUGCUUGCUGUGAUGAAAAUCCUGAACUUGUUGCUAAGCUCUGCAGUGUCCCUGGUUUGCUCAUCUUGGUAGAAAUUGUGCAUACUAUUUUCACAGUUGGUUUUCAAGAAGAUUGGUUCAAGUUACUGCUUUCAAGAAUUUGCGUGGAAAAUAUUCUCUUCCCAGUGCUGUUCUUCACAUUAGGCAAAGUUGGGGCAUCUCAGGAUAAUGGAGAAGCUGGUUCAAGUUUUGAUCCCUUCUCACCUGAACAAGCUUCUCUUCUGAGAGUGACAUCUGAGAUUGUAAAUGAGCGAAUUGAAGAGAUUAUAGUUCCUAACAACUUGGCAUUGUGUGUUUUUGAGAUAUUUAAGAAAUCAGCUGGGGUUGUUGAUUUUUCCACUAGGGAAAAGUCUGGUCUUCCAACAGGCUCUACAGCCACUAAUGUUCUUGGUUAUUCACUCACCAUUUUGAGAGAUAUCUGUGCUCAAGAUGGUUCAAGAGACAGGAGGGAGGAUUCAAUGGAUGCUGUUAGUAUGCUGCUAUCCUCUGGACUAAUAGAACUUAUGUUAAGUUUGCUACAAGACCUUGAGCCUCCACCAAUUAUAAGAAAAGCCAUGAAACAGGUGGAGAACCAAGAUGGAACAAGUUUGUCUUUACUGAAGCUCUGUCCUUAUAGAGGAUUUCGGAGAGACUUGGUUGCAGUAAUUGGCAAUUGUGCAUACAGAAGGAAGCAUGUACAAGAUAAAAUAAGACAGGAAAAUGGCGUUCUACUGCUGGUGCAACAAUGUGUUACGGAUGAAGACAACCCAUUUUUGAGGGAGUGGGGCAUUUGGUCUGUGAGAAACUUGUUGGAAGGGAAUGCAGAAAAUCAACAAAUGGUGGCUGAUUUUGAGCUUCAAGGAUCCAUUGAUGUGCCUGAACUAGCAAGACUGGGUUUAAGAGUUGAGGUUGAUCAAGAAACUCGACGUGCAAAGCUUGUUAAUGUUCCUGGAAAAUGACCAACUGUUGAAGAAUAAUUUGACUUCUGCUUGAAGUAUUUUGCUGGCUCAGGCGUAAAUCAUAUUAGAGUUUCCCAUUUCCUUCAAGAUUUGUAAUAUAAAUCAUUGAGUAAAGCAAUCUUUUUGGAAUUUUUAAGUAUUUAAUUAUUUCUUUAGUUUAUUGAAUACAGUCUGGAAAUUCUU